GGCAGCACUGAUACACACUGAUAGGCGGCACUGACUGGCACUGAUAGGAGGCACUGACUGGCACCGAUAGGUGGCACUGAUGGGUGACACUGAAAGGCAGCUCAGAUGGGCACUGAUAUCAGGCAUUGAUGUGGCACUGAAAUGUGGCACUGAUGUGGCAUGGAUGAGCACUGUGAGCUGGCACUGAUGUACACUGACAGGUGGCACUGCUGGGGCUACACAGAUCAUCAGGGCACACUGAUCAUCAGUGCUCUGAUGAUCUCUGUCAGCGUGACAGCUCGUGGGGAGAGAAAUGCUGAU